CACAUAUAUACAGAGAGACACGCGCGCGUGCACACUCUACACCUCUCUACUCUCCUCCUCUCUAUACAUUUCAUUCCUUUCGCGUCCCCACCUUCUCCCUCCCUCCAUCCCCGCCACCUCUUCAACUCGGUGUGACACGCGCACAAUCCACGGUGCCACACCCGGAUACCAAAAAAAAAAAAAAAAAGAAGAAAAGAAACACUCAUCGGUGUGUGUUGGGGGGCGUCUGCGUUCACUCUGAGCUGUUUCACGCAAUAUACCUAGUCUUGUGGGUGGGGGCAAAAAAGGAGGAGAGCUCUGGAAGAAAAAAAAGAAGCAGAAGAAAAAAAAUAAAUAAAAGAAAAGAACAGAACAGAAAUGCCUCUUUCCCUCAGUGCGAGGUGAAACCCAGAUGUGGCGGGAUGUUUGGAGAGGAAUCGGUUAAUCCGAAUGCCAUCCGUUCAGAGCUGAACAACAAUGUGGAGGCAGCUUCACUGCUCGCUUGAGGAGUCGCCCCGAGGCUUGCAAACGCUCCCCGAUCCCCAGCGAGCCUCCGCCGUCCAGUGGGCGCCGGUGGACGGCGGUGGACGCGGCGUGGACAUUAUCAUCAGCAGCAUCAACAGCGCGCUUUCCCGCCUUUCGUGCCGACCAGGCGCGGCUGUCGGACUUUGUCGGACCGGCUGUUGAGUCCGUUUGAGCUCUGGUGAUGAGUGGGGAGCACCGAACGACGGCGUCUGAGAAAACAAUAAACUCUACGAAAGGCGAGAAAAGCCGGGAAAAAGCGGGCGGUUUCGUCCCGACGUGAACGUGGUCACCGUGGUCACUGUGGUAGCCGCGGUCACUGUGGUCGCCGUGGUCCGCUUGCUUUGUUUUUUUUUCUUUUGGGUGGUUGUUGAGACAUGGCAGCGGCGAUAGCCAGCGGUUUGAUCCGCCAGAAGAGACAAGCCCGAGAGCAACACCUCCACCGACCCACUACCCACCGACGGAGGAAAAGCCCCAACAAGAACAAGGGGCUCUGCAACGGCAACCUAGUCGACAUCUUCUCCAAAGUGCGAAUCUUCGGCCUCAAAAAGAGAAGACUACGGAGACAAGAUCCCCAGCUCAAGGGCAUUGUGACCAGGUUAUAUUGCAGGCAGGGAUACUACUUGCAGAUGAGCCCAGAUGGAUGUUUGGACGGGACCAAAGAUGACAGCACUAAUUCCUCAUUGUUCAACCUCAUCCCAGUGGGCCUUCGAGUCGUCGCCAUCCAGUCAGUGAAGACAGGGUUAUACAUCGCCAUGAACGGAGAGGGGCAUCUGUACACGUCGGAGCUUUUCACAGCGGAAUGCAAGUUUAAAGAAUCGGUUUUUGAGAACUACUACGUCAUCUACUCGUCCAUGCUCUACAGACAGCAGGAGUCUGGUCGAGCCUGGUUCCUGGGUCUCAAUAAAGAGGGCCAGCCCAUGAAGGGGAACCGGGUGAAAAAGACCAAACCAGCUGCACACUUUCUCCCCAAGCCCAUAGAAGUUGCCAUGUACCGCGAGCCCUCGCUGCAUGAUGUGGGCGAAGCUGUCCCCAAGGCUGGAGUCCCUCCCAGCAAAAGCACAGAGCCGGUGGUCAUGAACGGAGGCAAGCCCGUCAGCAAGCCUGACAAGGAGACAUAGCCCUGCAUCCCCCACCUCCCUUCCUCUCACGAGGGGGUCUCCACGUCCACAGCUCUCCAAGAGAACUCCCACCACCACCACCACCCGGGGCGGCGGAACCGACUAUACGACAAAACUCCCUCCUCUAGCACUCGUCCCCCUAGAGUUUAGCCACGGGCGCGACUGAACUAAAGGGGCUGGGCGUGGCCGCAGGACGAGGCUGGCUGAGGCCUCGCUCGCUCGCUCUGAAGGACUGCGGGAGUGCGGAGGAGAUGGGGAAGGAUGCUGAAGAAGAGGAGGAGGAGGAGGGAGAUGAAGAGCAGGAGGAGGAGGAGGAGGAGGGGACAGCUGAACACUCAGCACUAACAAACUCUGUCACUGGAAUGCCCUACGCGAUACGGAAUGCCUUUUCAACGCUCCCUGUUCUUUCGUUUCCCCUUUCCCUUUCUUCCCUGUGACAAUCCUCUGUGCGAAUGACAUAUUUUCAUCGGCCUCGUCUGGUAGCUUUUGCCUGCUGACAGCUACCCACGGUUCUUCUGUUGGACCUUUCAUGUUAUUGUUCUUUUUUUUUCAGAACACCACAGCACACCAGCAUUCGCCUGGAUGGAUUGUUGUACAGACACAAAUCAAAUCCGUCAUUGUUGCGUUGUGUCUCUCUCUCUCUCUCUAUUUCUUUUUUCUUUUGUCUUUUAUGUGUCCUUUCCUGUCACGUUUACUGGUUUUCUUUCAUCUUCCUGUGUUAGCCAGCUUAUCUCGAACUGGUGCGUGCUUUUCUUUAUUUUUUCUUUUUUUAAAUAAAAAUGUUACACUCCGCAAAUUAAAGUCGAGAGUAGUCGAGAGGAAACUGAAGGUGAGAAGAUUGUGUCGAGUGUCUGCUAUGUCGAGUGUCGAGUAAACCCUUGCUUCUGUAGACGUGUUUACAAUGCGGUCAUACAUGGUAACGACAGUUUAACACAUGCAAAAAGCAAAAAAAAUUACACAGCAGAGACCCUUUGUUGAACUCUUUGUUCAGCUUCUCCUUUUUUAACAUGCAAACACAUAUAUAUUUUUUUGUUGCAAAUUGUUGCACUUUUAGGAAUGCCUCACAGAACAGCAGCGAUAGAAGACGCUGUAGGUUUUUAGUCGAAACUACGUAGAUAAGGACCUUCGAGAGACUUAAAUAGGCAUCGGUAAAUAAAUACUGUAUGUCGCUACAACGAGCUAGCGACGUUCAGGGUGGAUGCCGUUCCUCCCCAACGGAGUGAAUGGCAAGCCUAUACAUAUCAAAGACACCCUUGAUGAUUUUUACCAUUUGCCAGUCUUGGCUCACUUGGAUUACUACACCUGACGCCACUUGCCUCGCUUUGGUGUCAGAAGUCGACAGACUAGGUUUCAAAGCUUUUGAAACUUUAGGCCCUGCCUGGUUAUUCAGGUCUAACUGACGUAACGUAAUGUAACUAAAGUGAAGCCCUCGACCCAAAACUGCUUAAUCUUUAAACGCUGCUGGUUUAAACCCCCAAUGGUUGCAGUCGCAACUGCAGUUGUCCUUGGCAGUAGCCAGACACAGGCAAGAUGGCCGAAUGUAUGUUGAUGCCGUCUUUCGCCCAGUCGUGGCCUCGUUUCGCCGAAAGACGUGGAAAGCUAGUGUUACUAUAAGUCGCUUUGCCUUUUAAAAAAAAAAAUUGUAGCAGAAGAGAUGGCAGAAAUGGUAGCAGUUUCUCAAGCUUACAGACAAAUAAAAUAAAUAAAAAAGAGCAAGACUAGGCGGUGCAAUGUUGGUGCACGGGUUCGAAGGUGUUCAAUAAAACAAAAACAAAACAAACUGUGUUCAUUUUUAAGAUACUCUUUUCUAACGCUAGAACUCGCAGCAUGUCAGGAUACACAACUGAAAUGUUUUUUUUCAAGAUGGCGCAACGCCACCAGGAUUCUAAGUUGACUAUUAUACCAUUAUUCUAUAAACAUAUAUAUGUAGACGAUUGGUUUAGGGUAGGGUGCUUCCUUAACAGUCUCCUUAAGGAGCAUAGUAGCAUGUUUGACUUGUGUUGAAGCUCGUUCGUUCGUUCGUUCGUUUGUUCAUUCGAUUUCGUUCGUUCAUUUUCCACUUUCUAGAUCAUUCAAAAGGGUAUUUAAAUAUCACUGUGCAUCAGUAAAGCUGUCUGUUUAUAGGACUUAGAGAGGAUUUAGAGAGCCUUGAAAGCAAUUCACACGUAUUCAGUUUAUUAACGAAUGCAUUAAACGCAUUACCUUCACCUCGCUUAAUCGAUAAUUCAGUGUCUUGAACGAUUUUGGUCAUUAUAAAGCAAGUAUAGUAUUAUCAUCAUAUUUAACUGUAUUACGUUUUUUGGGUUUUUUUUCCAAGACAAGCGAUUCGAUCUUGUCUUGUAAUCUACUGUGUCACGUUCUACUAUGGUUCUACUACGGUUCUACUACUGUUCUGCUGAAUUAAUGAGGUGUUAAUGAGGUGUCUUUCAUUUCACGAUUGUUAUCUUAUAUAUACAUAUAUAUAUAGAGAGAGAGAAAUGCGGAUGCCGUCAUGCUAAUAUUAAUUGAUACACUUAAUUUCUUAUGAGAAUAUGAGGAUAUUUCUGUUUAGGAAUCCAUCAGUUCAUCAGUUCAUGUUUAAAGCAGCUUUGUCGGCUGUUUUCUCUUAAGAAAAAUGGGACGAUAUUAUUUUCGAUAUUCAUUUCGUUAAAAUACAUUGACCAAAAGGUUGGUUUUGAGAAAGUCGUAACCUUGUAUGCUCAUUCUCUCAAGUGUGCACACUGUUUUUUCUGCUGGGCCCUCGUACUGUAUAUUUUGCCCUGCUGACCAGUUAACUGGUUCCAAAGAGGACUGGAUUUAUUUUUGUAAAAUGACUGCUAUGUAAAUGUACAAUCUUUGUUCUUCGUUUGUAUCUCCUACUGUAGCGUUUCCUUCCCCCCAUUUCACGAUGGUUUCGUUCCAUUUUGUACUUUUUCUGUACUCUAUACGUUUUCUCGUUGCCAUGGCCGCUCAUCUCACGUAGAGUCGAAGUCAAGUUUCUUUGGUUCGUUUUUCUGUCUUUUCUAAACGUCUAAAAUAUGAAACAUUAACGGCAGGAUGUUCUGUUUUGUUUUGGUUCGUUUUGUUUUGUUGCAUUUUUUCCCCAUUUUUUUAACCAUCCCCCAGUCUUCUCUGGGGUUCCCAUCCCUGGUUCAUCUACCUACAUGUCUACAUGUUUCACCUGUUGCAUGGUAAUAAAUGGGGAAGGCUGUUGGAGACCUGCA